CCGCCAAAAGAAGCAUUUAAUUUUCAACAACAUAAUGCAAAUGAUAAGAUGUCAACUCAAUGUGAUUGGAGUCAAUUCUUUCAUCGUCUUGAUUUUAUUAUUGAGUUCCAGGGUGAAUUUAUAUUUGAGGAGCUAAAAGCUGUGGUACAGGAGUUAAACAAAGAUCAAGAUAGUGAAAUGCCACAAGCUUUCGAACUACAAGCAGGAACUUCUGCAACAAUCGCAAUUAGUUUUAUCUUCAAUG